AGCCCAAUCAUCGAUGCCCUGUCUCGCAGUCUCGCCUAGACGCUCCUCUCUCUCUCGCUCUAUGGCACUCGCGCCGCCGCCGACCAUAGCCGCCGUCCAUAGCCGCCGCCCGCCGCCCUCCAGUGCUCUGCUGCGGAACUGCUCGCUACGCCGCUCGCCCGCGUAGUCGUCCGCCGUCCUCCGUGGGAGCAACUUGGGCCUAGAGGGAUCCAGAGCCCGCCCUCCGCCGUGGGAGCAACGAACGAGGGCAGGCAGGGAUGAGGGAGGCGGUGACGGUGCAGGUCGGCGGCUUCGCGAACUUCGUCGGCUCCCACUUCUGGAACUUCCAGGAUGAGCUGCUCGGGCUCGCCGACGACCCCGGCGCUGACCCGGUAUUCAGGACCGCCGCGCUGGACUUGGACGUCCUGUAUCGCGCCGGCGAGACACAGCAGGGCGUCGCCACCUACUGCCCUCGCUUGGUGUCAGUUGGUUCUCGAGGGUCUCUUGGCUCGUUAAGUUCCUCUGGUACUCUAGGUUCGAGCAGUAGUGCUGCAGAUCAGCCCAACAUCUUCACAUGGUCUGGAAAUGUAACGAAAUCAGUAGCAAAACCUCAUGAGCGGAACUUGUUCCUACAAAGUUUAUCUGAAGGAGAAAGCAACCCAAGCUCUAGCAAUGGCCGAAACAAUGCCAGAGAAAAUAUUGAAGAUAAGGACCUGGUUGAAAAUCUAGAGAAUGGAGUCAUUUUUUGGACUGAUUAUUCAAAAGUUCAGUAUCACCCUCAGAGCUUGUAUGAGUUAUAUGGAUCAUGGACAGACUUUGACAAGUUUGAUAACUAUGGGACUGCAAAGGAGGUGGUUUCAGAAUGGUCUCAAAUGGAGGAGAUGAAUGAGAGGCUAAGGUUCUUUGUUGAAGAAUGCGACCAUAUCCAGGGCAUCCAGUUUCUUGUGGAUGAUUCUGGAGGCUUUGCCAGUGUAGCUGCACAGUUUUUGGAGAGUAUCGCUGAUGAUUACACAAAUACCCCUGUAAUGCUGUACUGUGUGCGCAAUCCAGACUCCUCUGGGUCUUCCAGAAAUCAGCGCGAAACCAUCAUAAGAUCUUUGCACGAUGCUGUGUCAUUGUCGAAACUUUCAUACUCCUGCAAUCUGAUGGUACCAAUAGGACUGCCUUCUCUAAGUUACUUGUCACCUUUGCUUUCUAUAAAAGAUGAUAAACACUUCCACUCCAGUGCCAUUUGUGCAGCAGCAAUACAUUCAUUGUCUGUUCCAUUUAGGCUACAACAUGUGGGCCCGGCCACAGAUUCGGCACAUUCAUCUGGCAAGCUUGAUAUCGGUGAGCUUGUGCACAUAUUAUCUGAUCAAGGAAGGCAGAAUAUGAUCACUGCGCUGGAUGUAGCAAUGCCUGCCCCUUCUUUGACAGAUAGAAAAGAUCUGAGGAACAUACAGAGGAGCUUGCAUUCUCUGACCCCUGAAAUCAGCAACAAUGAUGAAGAUCCUUACGCUGUUGAAUCCUUGGUGGUUCAUGGAGCUCUAGAUGCAGGCGGGAAAAGGGCUUCCAUAUCCCAGGUGAAGGAUGCCAUCCGUUCAGGUCUGGAAGGCAGGGAAACAAAACCAAAGUUCUCCCAUCUCUCUGUAUCGCCGUGCCCCCUUCCGAUCCCACUCCCAUUCCCAUCAAUCUUCAGCGGCUCCAUAGGUCAGCAGGGCGAGAUCCUCAGCAACAGCCACCCAGAAGGAUCUCGGCCAAAGGGUUCGCUCGAUGUUGUCUCGGUGCCGAUGGCAGCACGCCUGAGGUCGAGCAGCGCCAUAGUGCCUUUCAUCGAGAGGAGGUCGACGAGCCUCCAGAGGCUCGGCGUCGCCAGGGGCACGCUGGGCUCGCAGGUCCUCCGCGACUGGGGCUUUGGGAAGGAGGAGGUCGAGGACAUGGGCGAGCACCUGGCGAAGAUGCUGCGCCCAUUUUACCCUGAGAUGGAUCUGACGUCGGAUUCUGAUGAUUUGGUUUCAGUGUCUUUGUGAGUGUGUCGUAUCACAGGAAGAUAAAGUUCAAGUUUUGGUCUGUGGAAACUAGUAGAAACUGUGAUGUGAUGCAGCUGGUGUGAGAUGCCAUGCUGCUAUGAAUUCGUCUGUCCUGUGUUAAAGGGAUGCAGAGCACUGGGAGAAGAGUAGUAGCUCUGAAAUAUGACCAUGUACGUAUGUAUCUUUUGAGCAAACUGGAAAUUAGAUCUGAGAGCCCGGGCGUGUGACACGUGCGUGAUGCAGAGGUUCGGAUCUGUGCUGCACCUGCAAACCGCAGCAGAGGAAACUGAAGAGUCAGGCGUUUCUACUCUGAAAUGUUUUUCCUUUGGCCUUAAA